CGGCUGUUUUGGUUGCCUAGGAGACGCGUAAACAUCGUUGAUCAACUCGAGCCGGCCUCGGGGAAAAGGAGAAGGAAGUCCGUUGGCUUUAGAGGCCGCGCUGGGGGUGAAACUGAGGGGCUAGCGCCUCUCCUGAGCGACGAGGGGAAGGUUCCUGAAAGCGAAGCCAGGCCGAGGACCCUUCCUUCCUUCCCUCAGGACCUCCAUCCUUGGGCCUUUCUUUCUGUCUUCCUCAAGAGGCCUGGCAUUAUGAGUCAGAGGCAAGUCUUACAAGUCUUUGAGCAAUAUCAAAGAGCCCGGACACAGUUUGUGCAGGCCGUUGCAGAACUUGCAACUAGGCCACAAAAUAUCGAAACACUUCAGAAUGCAGGUGUAAUGGCUCUGCUGAGGCCGCUCCUAUUGGACGUGGUUCCAAAUAUUCAACAGACAGCUGCCAUGGCCCUCGGGAGACUUGCCAAUUAUAACAAUGACCUGGCAGAAGCUGUAGUUAAGGGAGAUAUUCUUCCACAGCUUGUGUAUUCAUUGGCUGAGCAAAAUCGUUUCUACAAGAAAGCUGCUGCAUUUGUAUUAAGAGCAGUUGCAAAACAUUCCCCUCAACUAGCCCAGGCUAUAGUCAACUGUGGAGCACUAGAUACAUUGGUGAUUUGCUUGGAAGAUUUUGAUCCUGGUGUAAAAGAGGCUGCUUCCUGGGCUCUUGGCUACAUAGCAAGACAUAAUGCAGAACUGUCACAGGCGGUGGUAGAUGCUGGAGCCAUUCCUUUCUUAGUCCUCUGUAUCCAGGAGCCAGAGACUGCUUUGAGAAGGAUUGCUGCCUCCGCGCUCAGUGAUGUUUCAAAGCAUUCUCCAGAGUUAGCCCAGACCGUCGUGGAUGCAGGGGCAAUUGCUCACUUGGCUCAAAUGAUCUUCAACCCGGAUGCCAAACUGAAGCGUCAGGUGCUAUCAGCUCUCAGCCAGAUAGCAAAGCAUUCUGUGGAUCUGGCAGAAAUGGUGGUUGAAGCAGAAAUUUUCCCUGUUGUGCUCACAUGCCUGAAGGACUCCGAUGAAUAUGUCAAGAAAAACGCUGCAACUCUAAUUAGAGAGAUAGCAAAGCAUACGCCUGAGCUUUCACAACUUAUCGUGAAUGCAGGGGGAGUUGCUGCUGUCAUUGACUGUAUUGGCUGCUGCAAAGGAAAUGUUAGACUCCCAGGGAUUAUGAUGCUGGGCUAUGUGGCAGCUCAUUCAGAGAACCUUGCCAUGGCAGUGAUACUCUCCAAGGCGAUUCCACAGCUGGCAGUUUGCUUGUCUGAAGAGCCAGAAGAUCAUAUUAAAGCAGCGGCUGCAUGGUCUUUGGGACAGAUUGGGAGACACACUCCAGAACAUGCUCGGGCUGUUGCAGUAGCAAACGUGUUACCCGUGUUACUUUCUUUCUAUAUGGCAAGUGAGAGUGCAGAAGACCUUCAGGUCAAAGAGGGAGGGAGUCCCCAGAUUUGUGGAGCAACCAUUGGAGUCAUACAGGGCAGAAGGAGAUGCGGAAGGGGGAGGAGCGUGAUAGAGUGCUUAUUGCCUCCUAACUGUCUCCUAUAUCGAAUAGCCUGGAUAACCAAGACAAAGAAGGCUUUGAAAAACAUCUUACAAAAUUGCACUCAUCUGCCAUCACUUGAACCUUUGCUCUAUGAUGCUCCUCCCAACAUCCUGAAACACGUAGUUGGCCAGUUCAGUAAAGUUCUGCCACAUGAUCCCAAAGCUAGACGCCUUUUUGUAACAAGUGGUGGCCUUAAAAAAGUGCAGGAGAUAAAAGCAGAGGCUGGGUCCCUGCUUCAAGAAUACAUCAACACAAUUAACAAUUGUUAUCCUGAAGAAAUAGUCAGAUAUUAUUCCCCUGAAUAUUCUGAAGCACUUCUGGAAAGAGUAGAAAAUUAUCAGCCUGUUCUAUAAACUCUUCAGUAUUUUUGAUAUAAUAAUUACUUUCGCUUAUCUGUGUUUUUGAGUAGCAAGAAAAUAUCCUUUGGAAAAUACUAGUCUGGGAGAUAUUUAUCCCUCUUCUUUUACCAAUCACUUAGAACAAUAGGUAGAUAUACCUUUCUGUCUUUAAACUACAGUUUGAUUUCUAGAAGUUCAAGCUUAACAAGAAAGCCUGUCUGAAUUUCUCAAGUGUUGAAGACCUAAGAACAGAAGGUACAGCACUUUGUCUGAAUAUACUUCUGGUCUUCAGAGUCUAAUUGAGUCUUUAAAACAAAAUAUUAAGAAUACUGGUUUGUGAAGGGAUUGCAACACUCUUCACCAAGUCCUGGAGCCAUACAUCAUCUAUUUGUGUCAGUGGUUCGCAUGGACUUUUCAUUUGCAGGUUUGUGCAGCCUAAGUUGAAAUGGUCUCUGUGGAAUAAACAAGUGACAAACUA